CUUGACAUUACAUUGUCAUGUUCUCCACCGUAUCUUAUACUGUAUCAAACAUCAAUUGAUUCAUAUCUUCUUUACGAAACAACACGUUAUACCAGCUGCGAAGCCAUGAACGAGUUAACCACAAGCUUCAUUGCACUAAAAUUCGGCCCACGAACCCAUAUUCGUGUCGCAGAGGGGAAACAGAUACCAUACGAGGUACCGUUCUGUCCGUCAAGCAACCUCGCAACGAAAUUGCAAGAUACUCCGCGUUAUCUAUUCCGUGUUUUCUCAGCUGCGUCCGCAGGAGAGAACAGUAGUAAAUGGAUGAAGUCCGUUGACGCGCUGAAGAAUAAUUUGACAGACAUUUUUAAACGGGACGAUACUUCAAGAAUUGCUUUAACUCUCAACGAGCACCUCCGGUGGUAUCAGCGAAAAUCAAACGGAGACCCUUUCAUAUCCUGGACCACUUCGCUUCUUGUCGCGAUCCAGUACGCUAUCUACAAGCAUAAGACGGAAUCUGCCGAACUGGACACGAUUUACCUGUGUGUUAUUGACACCACGUUGUUUCCCAACGGAGUGUUUAUAAAAGACAUCGACCUGAUUGAAGAAUUCCAUGACAUGCACAGAGGCCUCAGCAACCUCCGUAAAAUGCGAAAUACAAAAUACUACUUCGGAGAAUACCUCUCGCAGGGUCAGACCAAUGUUAGUGGCCGUUCAUGUACGGUCUCUUGCGAUAAGAUCAUAAAUAACCACUUAUUUGCCAUGGUGCACCAAUUCAAAGUCGACAUAGAAGACGAAACUGCACUCUGGGCAAACGCAAUAGUAAAGUCUCGAGAGCCGUUCUACAUUAUGGAGCAAGAGGUCAUAGACAAUUCCGAAUUCAGCGGGGCAAUGGCGAUAGCGUCAGAAUUUGGUACGAGAUGGUCUCUGCCUGUGCUAGCCAAUUUACUGGCUCUAAGCCCUCGUACGGCUAGGGAUCCCGCGAACAUAGGCUUCAUAUUGAAGCUGUUUUCUGGUGCGUGCCGGUCAUGA